UGAUCGUGACGUCAUGAAAGGUCCUUCCCUGACUAGAAGCUCUUCUCUCCUGCCGGUGCUCGGUGGGUGGUGGUUUCAGGACCUGCAGUAUGGGGAGAUCCGUCUUUCUCACGGUUGGCACUACCAGCUUCGAUGAGCUGAUUUCCUGCAUUUCCUCCGAGCAGAUUCUCAGCAUUCUGAAAGACCUCGGCUACAACAGACUGGUUCUCCAGAUUGGAAGGGGAACAGUAGAACCUCAGUCACACAGUACAGCCAGCUUUACCCUGGAUGUCUUCAGAUACAAGGACUCGCUGGCAGAAGAUAUCCAGAAUGCUGAUCUGGUGAUAAGCCAUGCAGGGGCUGGGAGCUGCUUAGAAACACUUGAAGCACAAAAACCUCUUAUUGUUGUCAUCAAUGAGAAACUAAUGUCCAACCAUCAGCUUGAACUCGCAAAGCAACUUAAUAAAGAUGGACACCUCUACUACUGUACAUGCAGCACCCUUGGGAGCACACUGAAGACAUUGGAUCUGUCGUCUUUAAAAGUUUUUCCACCAUGUCAUCCAGCAACAUUUGCACAUUUUUUAGAUAAAGUUGUGGGUCUUCGAUAGCAGUAAACCAAUGGAUGAGUACAUUGAAAAUACUUGGCAAAGCAUGUAAAAAUGAAGCUGCAAUCCAAAUCUGUUGGGGAAUACAAUGCGGCUACUUUGGAUCACAUUGAGGGUAUGUUCACAUGCUGAAAAUGCACCUUGUAAAAAGCAAGCUGAUCUGCCUCUGUGAACAGCAGGUUUUUGACGUCAGAAACGCUGGCAAAAAUGUAAAAAAAAAUGCUACCUAUUAUAGCUCUUCCUUAUUGACGUCAAUAGGCUUCAACCACUUCU